AUGGCACGUCGUUCUAUAGCAAGUUAUUUUCUACGUAGUAUUGUCUUCGACAAUGAUGUCCUUUAUGACCAAUAUGAAGAUGAUUUGCUUGCAUGUAUAGAAGCAGCGAAUCUACCCAAUGAAGGACAAACAUCAAGACGUCGUUGUUCUAUUGAACGUCGUGUUGUCCUUCCACGCAACAUAGCUCGAGGUGGUCGAAAUCUUUAUGAAGACUAUUUCGCUGAUCCACCUGUAUUUCCUGAUCAUUUAUUUUGGAGGAGGUUCCGAAUGAGUCGCAACAUUGUUCUUCGACUUAAAAACACGGUGGAAAAUUACGAUCCUUACUUUAUUCAACGAAGGAAUGCCGUUGGACUUCUCAGUUUAUCAUCCCUUCAAAAGAUUAGAGUCGCACUAAGGAUGCUUGCUUAUGGCAAUGCCACUGAUAACUUGGAUGAAUAUGUGAGGAUUGGAGAAAGCAUUGCUUUAGAGAGUUUGAAAAGAUUUGUCAAGGCAAUUGUUGCAACCUUUAGUGAUGAGUACUUGAGAUUGCCAAACACCAAUGACAUCAAGAGAUUGCUUGCAAUUGGGGAUCAACGACACUUUUCUGGGAUGUUGAGAAGCAUUGAUUGCAUGCGUUGGAGAUGGAAAAAUUGUCCUGUAUAUGUAUUCUGGUCACUUCCAUGA